ACAGUAGUAACAAAGCGGAGCUUCCCAUGCGCGGAAUAUUAUUAGCAGUCACAUCUUUGUUCGGCCGGUCUUAGAACUUCGGUUCGGUUCAUGAAUAUUCAAAUUCGCUCUAGUAGGUGUCAACAGGAUGGCAGACGUGCGAAACGCACGAUGCACGGUCGCGGUUGCAUUUAGUGCGCGGCAAACCGAGAAUCUGAAUGCAUUACAUAAGUGAACGUAACUCUUCUGCCUGCCUGACGAUUUCUACGGCCCCGUUAUGAAUGGCUACGACGACUACCAGCAGCAUUGUGAUUGCGACGAUGGCACGAACGACGAUGGGGACCUGAAGGCGCGCAAACUACUACACAAGCCUCCCCGGAUCUGGACUAGAACUGACUGAGUUGAGUACACAGGUUAAGCGGGCUGUGGCUGUUGGUGUUUGUUCCUCAUCAUCGUCGUCGUCGCCGUCGGCGUUGCCGUCGUCGUCAUUGUCGUCACAGCUGGGAAACGUUACGCCGCCGCCGUCGCCGUCUGAUCUUACACAGCCUAUGCGCACCGGCUUAACAUUAAUUUACCGAUGCAAACGGGGCGGUUUAUAGGUGAAACAAUAAAUGUGUUUGUGUGUGACUUAAUUGCACGGAAUUGAGGCGCUUGUUGACAAUCGAACAUCGGCACACAGUGAGUCGCAGGCAGAGGUGCAAAGCAUUCGGCUAUCGCCGCAGUAGCGGUAAGGGCGUGUUACGCCUUAGUAAGUGGUGCAGUCAUUUUCGGCCUUGUCGGUAGUGAUUUCAAAAUGCAUUCACGUGUUCGGAUUAACCGGUUGCUAGUGUUGCUGCUGGUGAAAUUUGCGGUUGUGAUUGCACUUGCUAAUAACGGUACCGAACCAGCGACGAACGGCACGGUUAGUUGGGUUGAAAACAGCAUAGAAUCGCCCAAACAAGUGCCGUCUAAUAUGGAGGAAAUGUCCACGACACCGGAUGCGAGUACAGAGGUGCCAUCGCCGGUUACUAGUACUGCUGCUAAAACAACGCCAUCGGCUCCAGUGACAACAACCACAACACUAAAAACAGCAACAACAUCGACUGCAACAAUUGUUGUGACUAAAAGUGAAAAGCCUGAGCCUCCGCUGGAUUUGGAUGGCGGCACAGCUGGAGACAAUAAAAUGCCAAACUGCUCCCAUUUUCCGCUCUCCCCACAGCAGCCGGUGUACGACAAAAACUCCCUAAUCAAGAAGUGCUGCCCUUUCGGAGAGAUUUUCGAAUCGCUCGGCAAUGGUCACUACCGGUGCAUCCCGGGCGAACGGAAGCUGGACGUGGAAACGAUCUACGCGGUUUUCUAUGGUGACGGUGAGUGCAUCGAGGACAAGGAAAACGAACUGCACUUCAAUUACGAAGCGAACGAUUCCUGUCUGGGGAAUAAUCUGACCUUUCAGUACAGUAAACAGCAGGGUGAUGAAUUGUUUGUGAUUCAAAAUGGUUCCCUGCUUGUGCUAGAGCAGGGUGGUUUUAUGUCGGUAUUCGAUUGGUACUGCCUGGAAGUUGAUACCGAAUCCCGGUUGCUCGCUAAGGCUUGCGAUGAAGUGCCACCGAUUGUUCUGCGAUCGACGGGAGUUUUGAUUUACGUCGGAAUGGUGGUCGCGACCGCGACGCUGCUCUUCACCAGUUUAGUUCAUGUUCUGGUGCCUAGAUUGAACGAUGCUUUCGGGCACCUGUUGGCCGGACAUUCUGGGUCCUUUUUGGUUGGUCUUGUCAUGAUCACCUUGGCGGUUUGCGGUGAUCGCUGUAUAGACGAGAAUAAUAUCGUUGUAGUACAAAUAUUCGCCCAGAUUUUCCUCGUGUCAGCAGUGUUUAUAUUUCUGCUUAUGAACGUGUACAAUUAUGCCUAUGCCGCAUACUACCUCCCAAACGGAUUAGAGUUCGACACCAACAAUAAAAGAGACUUAUUUAUUUCAUUAGGCGUGCUCUAUUUAAUAACAAUCUUACCUCUGUUUCUACCAUGGAAAUACUCUCUAAUAUUUCAUCUGGUGUUGUACAUCUAUUACCUAGCGAUAGCGGUGGUGCUUUAUUUAAGUCAUCGGGCGAUCCGAACGUUGGCAAACAGCAAAUUCGUUCGCUUCACGGUAUCACAAAACUACCCAGAGUUGACCUACACGGAAGCGCUCAAUGCCCAGCCUCGAAUUAACGGGGAUCGACUGAAGGAUGUGAGAUCGCUGAAUCGUCUCUGCACGAUUGAAGCCAUCUUCUCGCUCGUCUGCUGGAUCGCCUUUAGUUCCCUCCAGCAAAGCAUCGCAAGCCAACAUGACAUUUAUCGCAUCGGGGCUGCGUACGCGGUGAUUUUUCAGGGACUGCUGAUCGGAGUGUUGUUCGUGGGUGGUCGCAAAAAGUGGACCAUCAUUCGCGAAUGCUGGAACUACUCUGGGUCGAUCGAUUUGCGUGCCUUGGAGAUGGAACGGGAGAUGCUAACGUUGGAGCGAAAGGCACCGCCGCUGUGAUUCUGCCUCUGCGAGGGAAGCUGUAAGUCAUCGGAUGACUGCAUUUUAUAAUUUUAAGAUAGAGCUGGUUAAGCUGAGUCGAACGACUUGAAUCAAUUUUCGAUUCAAUAACGAUGCCGCCUAUAGCGCGAAAGUUAAGGAAAAUUUGAAUACGAAGCAAUUAUAAACCAAAAUGCUAGGAUAAAACUGAUAGACUAGGUUGAACAAUGUUGAAUAAUGCUAAGUGACCAGUAUUUUAAGCCAUCUACCAUACAGUAAUAAAUUAAACCGUGAAUAUGGAAAAAAUAUAAAUCAGUCUUUACUAUUA